AUGGAAGAAUUAAUCGAUGCUGUAGGAUCGUUUGGACGAUUUCAGUGGAUGCUUAUUUUAUUCAUUACGUUUGAUCUGGUUUGUGAGAAGGAGUGGAUUAAACCUGUAGUAACAGCUGUCCAGAUGGGAGGAGUUCUUGUGGGAGCUCUUUAUAAUCAUACAGGAAGAAAACGUAUUCUUUAA